AUGGAUGGAAGACUGGAGACGGCUAUUCAGAAUGGAGAUAUCGGCAUGCUGUACCGUUCAAUAAACGACGAUCCCGAUAUACUGGAGCGAAUUGAGAAGGUAUCAUUUAUCGACACUCCUUUGCAUAUAGCAGCUUCUAAUGGAAAGAUCAUAUUUGCAAAAGUGCUAAUGUCUUUAAAAGCAUCAUUUGCUCGGAAACUAAAUCCAAAUGGGUACACCCCCUUGCACCUAGCCUUACGCAAUAAGCAAUGGGAUAUGGUUCGUCUAUUACUGUGUUGGGAACCUGAUCUUGUCCGCGUUCGAGGAAGAGAGGGCCAGACUCCUUUGCACCAUCUGGCUAAGAAAGGAGAAGACCAUCAUCAUCAAGAACAAAAGCUUCAACUCUUGGUUAAAUUUUUAUUGUUUUGCCCUAUGAGUAUCCAAGAUAGGACUACUCAAAAGGAGACUGCACUUCAUAUUGCUGUGAAGGAUGAAAAUUCUGGUGCCUUUGAUAUUUUACUAGGUGGACUUCGAAGAGCCAGCUAUGAAGGUUCUGAAAUCCAUGAGUUGGAAAUUAUAAACUUGAAGGAUGGGGAUGGGAACAAUGUGCUACACAUUGCAACCGAUAGGAAUCAUUCCCAAGUAAGGCUUCCUCAUAUCUUGUAA